UCCAGAACGGCUCACGCCAGGACUAAAGGUGACGCUGCUGACCAGGCCGGUCAGUCAGCCAGUCAGGACUCUGACAUCGCCAGGGCAGUGGCCAGGGAACUGUCCCCCAACUUCCAUCAGCCAGGUAACCCAACAUACCCAACUAGACCCCAGCAUCUAUCUAUCUCACAGCCCCUUGUUAUAAUCCCCUUUGUCCAAUUUCCUUUGUGUCUGGGUUAUGGGGUUCUCUUUAUUUUCUGUCUGGGGCAGAUGUAUAUGCAAAUGUUAAAAUGCUAAUCUAUUUAGGGAGGAAUAUAAUUAGUAUAAUUUACCUUGGGGACUUUUUUAUCGUCAGACAAAAAGGUCAUUGUUUUUUGGGACAGCAAGUGUCAGAUUUAUUAGUACAAUAUUUUGUAUUAGAGUGAACAUGUUUCUGGGGCAUCGAUGUACAGUACCAGUCAAAAGUUUGGACACACCUACUCAUUCAAGGGUUUUUCUUUAUUUUUACUAUUUUUUACAUUGUAGAAUAAUAGUGACGACAUUAAAACUAUGAAAUAACACAUAUGGAAUCAUGUAGUAACCAAAAAACUAAUCAAAAUAUAUAUUUUUUUGAGAUUCUUCAAAUAGCCACCCUUUGCCUUUAUGACAGCUUUGCACACUCUUGUCAUUCUCUCAACCAGCUUCACCUGGAAUGUUUUUCCAACAGUCUUGAAGGAGUUCCCACAUAUGCUGAGCACUUGUUGGCUGCUUUUCCUUCACUCUGCCGUCCGACUCAUCCCAAACCAUCUCAAUUGGGUUGAGGUCGGGGGAUUGUGGAGGCCAGGUCAUCUGAUGCAGCACUCCAUCACUCUUCUUCUUGGUAAAAUAGCCCUUACACAGCCUGGAGGUGUGUUGGGUCAUUGUCCUGUUGAAAAACAAAUGAUAGUCCCACUAAGCCCAAACCAGAUGGGAUGGCGUAUCGCUGCAGAAUGCUGUGGUAGCCAUGCUGGUUAAGUGUGCCUUGAAUUCUAAAUAAAUCACUGACAGUGUCACCAGCAAAGCACCCCCACACCAUAACACCUCCUCCUCCAUACUUUACGGUGGGAACUACACAUGCGGAGAUCAUCUGUUCACCCACACCGCGUCUCACAAAGACACGGCAGUUGGAACCAAAAAUCUCCAAUUUGGACUCCAGACCAAAGGACACAUUUCUACCAGUCUAAUGUCCAUUGCUCGUGUUUCUUGGCCUAAGCCGGUCUCUUCUUCUUAUUGGUGUCCUUUAGUAGUGGUUUCUUUGCAGCAAUUCGACCAUGAAGGCCUUAUUCACACAGUCCCCUCUGAGAAGUUGAUGUUGAGAUGUGUCUGUGACUUGAACUCUGUGAAGCAUUUAUUUGGGCUGGUAACUCUAAUUAACUUAUCCUCUGCAGCAGAGGUAAAGAAUAAAGAAAGACCCUUGGAUGAGUAGGUGUGUCCAAACUUUUGACUGGUAGUGUAUGUCUACGUACAUACUGUACAGCAUAUUCUUCUACAAAUGAAUUAAUUUUUUUCUGCAAGAUAAUUAUUUAAAUAUAGAGAUCGGUACUUUUGUCAGCCUGCUUAGUUUUGGGAGAGGGUGGUUCUUCAGUGUGAUGAGUGUUCGUGUUACGGUCUAAUGCAUGUUCAACUCCUGUAUGCAUGUAGGUCAGUGGUCUUAUAUUAUUAUGCUUGUUGAGCGUUCCUGUUUUUACCACAUGGUCUUUCUCAGGUCCGGCCCAUAUAGCCUCGCUAAACCUUUGACACGUGACCUGACAUCAGGAUAGUGUAUAUCACUGACUCCUAACAACCAUGUUCCAUAACCAGCCAACCUGUUCAAUAGCCAGCCUGCCUGCCUGCAAGCUGUAAUCUAUUUCAUUUCAAUCAUUCCUUAUAACUUUUUUCUUAAUGCCCCGUAAAUGUCUUAAGAAUUAUUUAUCAUUGUGCUUUGAUUAGCUUUUUUAUGAACAACUGCUGAGCUUGUAGAGAUUUAGUAAGUGAUCUUAGCACUUGCUAUUAAUAGUAGAACAAAUGUAAUAUUAUGAACCAGGAUUCCAUUUGAUAACACUGCUUGCGUCAGAAAUGUGUUAACUUUGUUUGCUUGCGAGCUCGUGUCAGCUGUGUUACAGCGUUGGCCUCAUCAGUGGUCAGGAGAAUGUCGAGAAUGCUUGGAACCUUUAACAGGAAUCAUAAACCAACUGGGGCAGCUUUGAAACUCCAUUAAGGAACAAAUACUCGAUAUGUGAAAUCAUGGAUGCAGAAAAGGCAUCCUAACCAUGAGCUAACUGACAGUGAAUAAAUGUGCAUUUAUGAUUCACCAAAAGCAACACAAAAUAAUAUGUAGGUGUGUGUUUAUAUCUAUAUCUCAAAUUGGGAUUCAGCCCUAACUACUUGAGUGUUUGUUGAUAGUGAUAUAAACACACCACAUUAAUUCAAACAUUGUGAUAUUAGAUCACUGUGUACAUGCUACAAAUUGACUAAGUAUAGAUAAAAGGACUGUAUAUCAUGAUAAUAAUGUCCUUCCAUUUUCUAGGCCCUGAUUAUAUAAAGCAGAGGUUCAACGAACCGAUUGAACCUAUUGUCCAAGAGGAGAAGAAAGAGAAGUCCCCUUCAAGUAGCCCUCAUUUCUACCGUAAAGGCACAACCCCAGACCACUCUCCCACCGCGAGUCCACAGUCCUCUCCCCCACCAACACCCCCGCCAGCACCUACCCCGGAGCCCAAGAAGAGCUUCUUCAGCAAGCUCGCCCCCAAGCCAGGAAAAGAGAACAAAACCCCCACAGCAGAGAGCCAGCUCCCGGUCAUCACAAAGGCAGUGUCUAAGACAUCGUUGAAACAGGAAGUAAGACAGGAAUUGCCUCAACCGAAACUGUUCAAAAUGGGGGAGUCGGUCCCUGCCAGCCCUGGCAAUGGACAGCUGCAUACUGACACUGAGUACCACGGCUACUACGUGAAGGCAGACGUGAAGAUCCCUCCAGACGAACCUGAGGAAGGAGAGGAGCAUGUUACCCCGUCCGCCCUCGCCCGGAUGCCACCACCAGGAAAACCUAUGGCGCAGUACAGGACACCCACCCCAAAACCUAUAGCGCCAAAGUCGGUAUCCAAAGAAAGCAGACCUGAGUCAAGACUUAAGAAACUAGAUUCGUAUAAGCCAAAAAGCCUAGCAGAAACUAGGAAACAAGCCAGCUUGGAGAUCACCACGGAUUUCGUAGAGGAAGAGUCAGUAAGUAACUCAUACUGUAUGAUGAUGAAAAUGGGAAAACUGAAACAAAGAGAAAGAAAUGUGUCAUUUCAGAACAAUGUGUGAAACAUCAAAGGUAGUCUAAUAUUUUCAGUGAUAAUGCCUAGCUAACUUUAAAAAUGCAGUUUCUGAAAUGUUCUCCUGAAUCGUUGUCUUUCCUACUUCACAGGGUCCUAACUCAAUACUGGUUGCCCUUGUAAUGCUGUUGAAUAUUGGUCUAGCAAUCAUUUUUGUCCAUUUUUUAACCUGACGGAAUCUGAACUGAGGUAAGAAUCAGCUUAAUAACAUCAAUUCAGAUGUUAUAAAUUGUAGAGCAUUGUGAUACAGUAGUUUAUGUUCCAUGACAUUUUAAAAUGUAACGUAAAGUAAAAGAAAAGUUUACGUAAAGAGUAAAUUGCAAGUUUUACAUGAAAUAUUAAGAUACAGUAAGCCUGACUGUGAUUCAACAUAACUAUUAACCCUUUUACUGUUUUGAAUCUUCAGUGAACUCAUCAAAACUAGUGGCGCAAGGCCCCUAACUCUCUGCAGUUGCGUCAAUGGCCUUUAAAAAUGGCACCGGUCAGGCACAGACUCAGGCAAAGAAGGACUGGAAAUAGAGUGAAACACGGGAGAAAGAUGAGACCAGGACAAUUCGGCCCUGAUGCUGCCCAGUUUCGCUGGCGAUGAUUUGUGACACGCUUAGGUUCUGUGAAAGCUGAAGCAAGCAGUCAUUGCGAAAGCAAAAAGAAAUAUCUGCUGAUCCAAGCUGUUACCAGUCAAGUGCAUUGCCUCUCCAUCUGCCCUGACAGGGGGAAUGUGGAGGGGGGUG